AUGGACAAGCUGUUAGCUGGAAUUCCUGGGACACAGUGCCUGUUAGAUGACAUGCUGGUGAUGGGUAAAUCAGAAGAGGAACAUAAACAGAAUGUAGAGGCAGCUUUUCUUCUAGAGAGUAAACAACAAUGGCACUGGACAGUAGAAUGUGCUUCAGCUUUCCAUAAGUCAAAAGAACUAGUUCUUAGUUCACGUCUUUUAGUACACUACGACUUGGAAGCACCAGUUUCCAUUGCUUGUGAUGCAUCACCUUACGGACUGGGAGCAGUCCUGUCUCAUUCCAUGGCUGAUGGGACAGACAGGCCAGUGGCUUUUGCCUCCAGAUCGCUCAAGCUGCAGAAAAAAAACUAUUCUCAAAUAGAUAAAGAGGCUCUGGCAAUAGGUUGGCCACUAAAGACUCCAAUACAUCUCAAGUCAUUCCAAACAAGGGCUCAGGAGUUAUCAAUUCGAGAUGGCUGCUUAAUCUGGGGAGAAAGGGUGGUUAUUCCUUUUGUGUUACAACAACAGAUUCUUGAAAUUUUACAUGCAGGUCAUCCUGGCAUAGUCUGCUUGAAGCACAAGGUAAGAGGUCAUGUAUGGUGGACAACCAUUGAUGAGGAUAUUGCCCGUUAUGUUUCAAGUUGCACUGGUUGUGCACAAGCACAACAUGACUUGCCACAAGGUGCCGUACAACCUUGGACCUGGCCUCUAUAAUCAUGGCAGAGUAUUCACAGCUUUGCUGGACCAGUGGAAAAUAAAAUGUAUCUGAUUGUGGUAGAUGCACAUUCUAAAUGGCCUGAAGUUCUAUUCAUGUCGCAGACCACGGCAGAAGCUACUGUUAAAGCAUUACAGAAACUAUUUGCAACAUUUGGCUUGCCCAGAGUGCUUGUUUCAAAUAAUGGAACGCAGUUUGUUUCUGGACAACUUAAGGCUUUUCUCAAGGAAAACAGUAUACUGCAUCAUCGUGCAGCACCGUAUUAUCCUGCUACUAAUGGUCAAGCAGAACGUUUUGUUCAAGCACUAAAGGGUUUUCUGAGAAGUCUGAAAGCAGAAGGAAAGAGGCCUGAACAUCAUUUGUCUGAGUUCUUUCUACAGUAUCGUAAUACACCUCAUCCAACCACGGGACAGCCUCAAGCAUGCCUUUAG